AUGUCGACUGCAGAGAAAAAUACGACGCAAGAAGUUCAAGAUAUUGCAUCUGAAAUUCAAUCUGUACUAUUUAGUUGUUACACUUAUUUACAAUGGCAAUUCUCCGAUGGUAUACUGGAAGGUUCUCAUUGUGGCGUUACCAAUAAAUACAUUUAUAAAUAUCAUCCUGAUUCAGAUAAUGAACAAGUUAUUCGUCUUGUUUUCAAUGAAAAACUUGAACCUCAAAGUGAUACGUUAGAAAGAAUAGCAGAUAAAUUUAAUCGUAUCGAAUUUAUUCGCUUAGUGUUUCCCACUAUAGGCAUAAAUAAUCUUCCUACAAAUUGGAUAUUUACUAUCGAGAAAACUGAUGUCAGUUAUGAUUCACCCAUGGAAGAUGUGAUUAUACCAAUUUCAUUUGAUGAAAAUAGUCGUUUACAUAUAUCAUUACUUGUGAAAAAUAUUAAUAUUUAUGGAAAAAACAAAUUAACAAACGAACAAACAUCGUUUGAUUGGAUAAAAAAUGGAAAUGGUAUGAUCAAUUUAAAUUUUACAGUACAAAAUUGCGAUUGA